CUGCAGGCCGCGCCCCUGCGUCCAGUCCCUGCAGCGGCCGCGCUGCGUCCCCUGUCCCCGUCCCUAGUGCGGCGCCCGCGGUCCCCAUGGAGCAGCUGUUGCGCACCGAGCUGCGCACGGUGACCCUGCGGGCCUUCGGGAGCCCCGGGGCCGGCUGCAUCAGCGAGGGCCGCUCCUAUGACACGGAUGCGGGCCCGGUGUUCGUCAAGGUCAACCGCAGGACGCAGGUGCAAGCUGGCAAUUUGAGGAUACCUGCCUGGCUUUCUCCUCAGGCCCGGCAGAUGUUUGAGGGGGAGAUGGCCAGCCUAGAGGCCCUCCGCAGCACAGGCCUGGUGAGGGCACCUCAGCCCAUGAAGGUGAUUGACCUACCAGGAGGGGGAGCCGCCUUUGUGAUGGAGCAUUUGAAGAUGAAGAGCUUGAGCAGCCAGGCAUCAACACUUGGGGACCAGAUGGCAGAUUUGCACCUUUACAACCAGAAGCUCAAGGAGAAGCUGAAGGAGGGGGAGAACACAGUGGGUCGCAGGGCUGAGGGUGUUGAGCCCCAGUGUGUGACCAAGUUUGGCUUCCACACGGUGACGUACUGUGGCUUCAUUUCACAGGUAAAUGAAUGGCAGGAUGACUGGCCAACCUUUUUCACCCGGCACCGGCUCCAAGCACAGUUGGACCUCAUUGAGAAGGACUAUGCUGACCGAGAGGCACGAGAACUCUGGUCAAGGCUCCAGGUGAAGAUCCCGGAUCUAUUUUGUGGCCUAGAGAUUGUACCUGCCCUGCUCCACGGGGAUCUGUGGUCCGGAAAUAUGGCUGAGGAUGACUCGGGGCCCGUUAUUUAUGACCCGGCUUCCUUCUAUGGCCAUUCUGAGUUUGAACUGGCAAUCUCCAUGAUGUUUGGGGGGUUCCCCAGAUCCUUCUUCACUGCCUACCACCGGAAGAUUCCCAAGGCUCCGGGCUUUGAGAAGCGGCUGCUGCUGUACCAGCUCUUUAACUACCUGAACCACUGGAACCACUUUGGGCGGGAAUACAGGAGCCCGUCCCUGGGUACCAUGAGGAAGCUGCUCAGGUAGCAGAUGCCAGACCUCUCCCCAGCACCCCACAAGGCUCUGGCCUAAUAAAACCAACGCGAGUUCCAG